AUGGCAACCACUCAGCCCAAUAUCAGUCCCCACCUGAAGGCGCUCGCCCAGAAGACCGAUGUCUUCCCUCUCCCUGACUCGCUCAAUUCGUUUGUCGAUUUAUCCGGCACAGCUACACCUGUCAGGCGAGGUUCCACUGCAGGUAAAGCAGACGAAGAGGCACCCACUUUCGACAAUCCUUACAAUGUCAUGAUUCACAACUGCAACCACAAUCCUUCUAAAAUCCAAGAAGCCUACAACACACAUCGAACCACCCGCAACUCGUUGUCGCGCCACAAGCUUCUCACAGACCCGACCCCCAUCAAGCUCGAUUACAUCCUCCUCAAAUCCCAUGUCCUUCAAGAUGGAACAAUCGAUCAUCGCAAUUGCCUUGUGUUCUGGGCCCGUCCGCCGCUUAGAGUGCGUAACUUCAUUGCCACCGUGCAAGAUAAGUUGAGAGCUGUCGCACCCAAUCUCUGGCUAAUGCCUCCUCCAAAUCUUCAUACUACCGUCCUCGAGAUUACACACUCCCGUACGCCAGAGUACAUCGCCGAUCUCGUCAAGACUAUGCGCCCGUCCCUUCAAUCGAUCGUAGACCACACCUAUACCCACCGGGCCAAAUUAGUCAAACCUAUGCUUUCAUUCGACGGUUCUGCUUGUGCUAUCUCAUUCGUCCCAGCUGCUCCAGCCGGUGAAGGAAGGGACAAUGAGAAGGGUUCUCAUAACUACAACUACACAUACCAUCACCUUCGUCGUGACCUCUACGACCUAUCCAAGGAGUCUGGAGUCGAGAUCGAUAGUCGUUACACUGUUCCUUCCGCCCACAUUACCAUUGCCCGUUUCAUAACCACGGAAGACCACGUCCCCUCCGAGCUCGCUGUCGGCGAAACAGCAGAACCGGAGGCUAUCGCUUCGACCACGAGCAUCUUGGCUGACUCUUCACAGCCCGAUCUGAGAGCUACGAUCCCAGCUGUGAAGAUCAAGAAGAGCAAGAUGGAGAAGUGGGUUGAGUCAUUGGACGAGAUCAACCAGUGGUUAUCGGAGUACGAAGGGGAUGGAGCGGAAUGGAUUGUUGGUGAGGAGAAGGGCUUGGAUUGUAGAAUCGGUAGGUUGUGGUACGGUGGCGGCGAGACCGUUGUGCUUGGUAAGGGUAUUUAA